AUGAAAUUUGUAAUUAUUGCCCUUAUUGUGACACUUUGUGUUGCCAUGACCAUGGCUCAAGGUCAUCAGGAUCACUAUGAACAACAUCAGGGUCAUCAUAGUGAGGAACAUCAUGAGGAUCACCAUGACAAUCACCAUGACGAUCACCACGACGGUCAUAAGGACUAUUAUUCUCAUCCCAAAUAUGAAUAUAAAUAUGGUGUCAAAGAUUUGAAAACCGAAGAUAUUAAAGAACAAUGGGAAGAACGUGAUGGCGAUAAAGUUCAUGGUGGCUAUCUCUUGAAGGAAGCUGAUGGCACUAUUCGUGUUGUUAACUAUCAUGCCGAUGAUCACACCGGUUUCCAUGCUGAAGUCAAAACAAUUGGCCAUGCUGAACAUCCCCAAACUCACUACAAGGAUGAUGAUCAUCACCAUGAACCUCGUAUUGAAUAUGAACAUGACGACCAUUAUAGUCAACAUCAUAAUGAAUAUGACAAUGGUCAUUAUGAUUCAUAUGGCCACUAUAAUUCUUAUCACCAUUAA